GUUGGCUUGGCCCCGCAGUCUUUGAUCGAAGGUGUUCCUGACACAUUGUUCGGUAAAAAUUUCGAUUAUAAUUAUUGAAAAAUUGAAAAGAAAAGUGUUGCAAGAAAAAAAGCCAUUCAAAUUUAUUUUGUUUUUAAAUUGCCGAAAGAAUUUUAUAUUGCUUUUUUAGUUUAGAAUAAAAUGAUUAAGUUAACGUAUAAGUGAUUUAUAAGAUUCUUAAAAAACUAGGUUAAAGAAAGUAAAAAAAAUAAACUAUAGUACCUUAAAAAUUCAAAAUCAAAUGGGGACCGGUUUAAUUAAAAAUAAUAUUAAUAGUUCUUUCUGGGCAGUAAUAAUUGUAAUAACAUCAAGUAGUGUAGAACAAUGGAAAGUAAUGAGUCAACUGAUACUUGAUUCCAAUUCCCCAAAUGAGGUUUUUGAUGAAUCAAUUUCAAACUACGAUAAUGGAAACACUCAAUAUCCCAAUCCUACUGAAGAUUCACUGAACACUAAUUUUUCUGCAUUCCUUUUGUCUCAAAGUAGAAUAAACUUUUCUGAUAAAACAACACGAGAAGGUCUUGAUAUAACCUCACCACAAAUGUUCCAAUCGAAAACAAUUGCUCAAUUGAAUGCAGUCUUUCCAGGUACCGUUUGGUGUGGAGUCGGAGAUGUAGCUACCGACAAUAAUAUUUUGGGACAUUUUUCCCAAACCGAUAGUUGCUGCAGGACUCAUGAUAAAUGUCGUUUAGCAAUUCCAUCUGGAUCCAUAAUGUUUGGUCUAGAGAAUACAGGAUAUUUUACACGAUCACAUUGUUCUUGUGAUGAACAAUUUUACGAUUGCCUCAAAAGAACGAAUUCAUUUGUUUCCAACAAAAUUGGAUAUACUUAUUUUAAUUUACUGAAACCACAGUGUUUUCGAAAGACGUACCCGAUUGUAGCAUGUUGGAGAUGGUUCCGUAAACGAUGUAAGAUUUAUAUGCUCAACCAAAGCGAUGAAAGGCGAUGGCAAUGGUUUGAUAACAGUGAAUUUUAAUCUUAAUUAUGCAAUAAACUUGGUUAAAAACAAAAUAAAUGAGAUCAAAAAUUAAUUUCAAUAAUAAAUGAAGUACCACAGGUUUCUCCACUUGGUCCACUAUUUUUAUGAAUAUUUUUUGAUUCUCCACUAAAUCUUACAGAUUUAGGCUUUUUUACAUUUGUUCAAUACUUUG